AUGGCAACCUCACUGCGGAAUAUUAUUGUUGUUGGCGGAUCGUUCGUGGGGCGUACGACAGCUCAGGAGCUUGCACGCAUCGUGCCUUCAACGCACCGGGUCCUUUUGACAGAACCCCAUAGCCACUUCCACCAUCUUUUCACCUUUCCUCGGUUUGCAAUUGUUCCCGGACAGGAACACAAAGCGUUCAUUCCUUACAGUGGGAUUUUCAAUGCGUCGCCCAAUCCUUCCUCCCACGGCAUAGUCCAGGCUCGCGUACUGUCAGUCAAACCUACCCAUAUUGAGUUGGACCGUGAAUGGCAAGGCUCGAACGUGGUUCCCUUCGAUUAUGUCGUUGUUGCGACCGGUACCCGCCUCUGCAAGCCUGCAGCCAUGGACGAUGAUGACAAGCCAUCAUCGGUCGAUUAUCUACAAAAGCAUCAAGCGGGCGUAAAGAGAGCCCAAUCGAUUUUGAUUGUCGGUGGCGGUGCUGUCGGUGUUCAAAUGGCCACUGAUUUGAAAGAAUAUUACCCCGAGAAAGAGGUCACUGUGGUGCAAUCCAGGCCGCGAGUGAUGCCGAGUUUCCACUCUGGACUUCAUGACCUUAUUAAGGGACGGUUUGAUGAGCUGGGAGUCCGCCUCAUCACCGGGUCUCGGGUCACAAUCCCACCGAAUGGAUUCCCCACCGAUGGCAGCACCUUUGAUGUCCAGCUCACAAACGGUACCACCAAAUCCACGCAAUUCGUCAUCUUGGCCACUGGACAAACCCCAAAUAACCAACUAGUGGCUGACUUGAACUCUUCUCGUCCGGGCGGCGAGUCAGUCAUCAAUCCAGAUAAUGGAUUUAUUCGCGUUAGACCAACAAUGCAGUUCUUGGAUGAGGGAUAUUCGAACAUGUUUGCCGUGGGUGAUAUUGCAGAUACCGGUGCCCAAAAGGCUGCUCGGCCAGGCUCAGUCCAGGCAGCGGUUGUUGCAAAGAACAUUCAGGCUUUGAUCGAAGGCCGCACUGCCGAGGAUACAUUUGUCAAGGGGCCUGGAGCCAUUCAUUUGACACUUGGCAUGAAACACAACGUAAUUUUCCGCAACCCCAAUACCGCAGAAGGCCAAACAGAGCCUUGGAUCAACCCGAAGGAUGAUGGCCGAGAGGAUAUGAACGUGGAGGCUAUGUGGGAACGGUUGGGUAUCUCGGUUGAGAAUCCUCGUCAAUAUCACCUCUAG